AUGGAGAGGAGCGAGACCAAUCAGACAGCGGGGACGAAUGACGUCCAAAGGUUAGAGAAAAAGCAGCAGCAAUUAGUUGACGUGGAAAAUGAGUACUUCCGACUGAAUCCCUGGUACAAUCAGCAAAGAGAAAAACCUGUCUUUGGCCUUGGUCAGCCUCUUCCACAUACCCUGCGCCGUGGUAUGUGGUGGGGCAAAAGCGAUGUUAAGAAACGGAUGGAAGAGCUUGAAGUACAAGAGGCAGACCUACAAAAAGGUAUUGACGCACGCGACAUGGCGAAAGGGAGAGAGUCUGAGAAUGAAUCGGAUGGCUCACAGACACCUUUGAAGCCAGGGCAGCCUUCACAGUCUACCAACGGAGAUCUACAGUCCUAUACUCAAGGUCGCAUGCCAAACAUUCGCCGACCAACAAGCAACACACAUUCCAUGGCAGGCAAGCAACGCAACGACGAAUCAACUACAGAACGUGCACCGAUCAACAACCAUGGCUUGGAUGAGGCUGAUCAAGGCAACAAUGGAAGGAACAACUUUGGUUUACAGGAUGGUCUUCAUCCACUCCAGGAACUUGACACCAGUGAAACAACCCAGACGCAGAAAGAUGAUAAGGAAAUUCAAAAGCGUGAACACGAAGAGCAGCAAGACUAUUAUAAUCAAUACCGCAACCCCAUUGCGAGGCUUCGAGCGCAAUACCCGCAGGCACCGGCCGAGUUCCUUGCUACCUUCAUAUAUCUUUUCCUGGGGAUAUGCGCCAACCUAUCUAUCGCAACUUCAUCGGAAAGUACGGGCAGUUUUGAAUCGCAAGCUUGGGCUUGGGGCUUUGCUGUGAUGGUCGGCAUCUACUUGAGUGGUGGUGUAUCUGGUGGUCACCUCAGCCCCUGCAUCACGAUUUCACUCUCAAUCUUUCGUGGUUUUCCAUGGCGGAUGGCAAUCGUCUACAUUUGCAUGCAAUUGCUAGCUGGCCUGGCCGCUGGAGGGCUGGCAUACGGGCUCUACUAUGAUGCGAUCAACGCCAUAGACCCUGAGCAUACGCUCGAAUUGACAGGCAAGGCUCUCUUUCCCAAGGGGCCUGCCUUCACACCGACCACCGCGUUCUUCAACGAUUUCAUCUUCAUGGCCCUUUACACUUGUAUUGCUUUCGCUCUCGGAGACGAUCAGAACUCGCCUCCUGGCCAGGGUAUGACUGCUUUGAUUUUCGGGUUCGUGGGCUACCUCAUGAUGGUUUCACUCGGAUACAACACUGGCCUCGGCAUCUCGCCUGCGCGCGACUUAGGACCAAGGCUCGUUGGGUUGUGGGCAGGCUACGAUGCCUUCAGUGACGCGUACUGGGCGUACGGCCCAUUUGGUGCUGCCACAAGUGGCGCGAUAUUUGGGGGCUUCAUCUAUGAUCUGUUUGUGUUUGUAGGUGGAGAGUCGCCAGUCAACUAUAGAUGGCCAGAGAAGGGCGACAUCAAGUGGAAGCUGAACGAGAAGAAGGAGCAAGCGAGGGAUAAGAUCCAAAGGCUAGCCUAG